AUGCCCCGCCCAGCCGACACUUACACGCACGAUCAGUUUAGACCCGUCGAUAGUGCAAAUCUAGGGGAAACAGUCGAGUGCCUACAUUGUGGUCGCUGGCAAGGUAGUGCAAAAGUCCUAAGCCGCAAAAAGGGGCACCUUCAGAACUGUCCUGAAUACGCAGCUUGGAGGGCGGCAGGAAAUGGCCAAGAAUUGGCCCCAACAAACCCAUACAACGCCACUGGUAGGAGAGCUUUCGCCGAGUCUUACGGCCUUGACAAUUCGAGUCUCUUUCAUCUGGGGUCAAAUCAAGAAGUCCCUACCAUGCAACGGAUACGGUCGACGCUUGACAUGAGCAAGUAUUUUGACGAGUUCUUUGACGAUAGUCUUGAUCACAAGUGCGCAAGAGUCCGAUGCAAAAGUUGUGGCUUUGUCCGAGCGAAAAAUGCAACUCGUCAAGCAGAUCACUUGAUGCAAUGCAAGGAUUUUAUUGCGACAACUGAGGGGGAAGAACUUCUGGCAAGUGGAAGCCUGACUCACAAUGUGCAGCAACAGCAGUCUCCUGCGAUUUGGAAUGGUACCAGACCACACCCUGAUCUCAUGGUCCGUCAUCUUUCGAAUCGUCCUCUGAGUACAGCGGCACAAGUUGGCCCUUGUUCUCGGCCUUCACCAUCUCGUGCAUCUCAACCACCGUCGUUGGCUCAACACUUGCUUGGCCAGUCUGAGGAAUUAUUGACCAAUGCUGUUCAACAUGGCUUCUUGGCACAUGCAGGCUCUGGAUCGCUGAGUGAGAAUGCUUUCAAUCAAUGGCUGGCCCAGAUUGGAUACAUCUCACGAUCGCUUGUCCCUUUCACUGGAGCCCUAAUAGGCAAGAUCCGCAUACCGGAAACUGCGAACCUGGAACACGACUCAACGUUUAGGUGUCUCGAUCUGCUCUGCUCUGCUGUAUCCAACAUGAAGAAGGAGCUAGAAUUUCUUGAAGCUACCAAGCGCGAGUAUGGACUCGAAGUGGGCUUGGAUGAACCGAAACCGGCUACCAAGAGCUUCAUCGAUUUGUUUAACAGCGCCUCAUGUGCGUCUGCCACAUUACUUGAGGGCAUGGUAUUGCUAUGGGCCGUCGAGAUUCUCUUUUAUAAUUCCUUCUCAUACGCCGGUUCAUUUGUUGCCAGAUCGAUGCCAACACCGGAACGCAGCUCCUUUUCACUUCCGUCUUACAGCUUGCCGUCGAGCGCAUCCCCAAGCGCAUAUAGCGGCCAAGCGACACGUAAAGAUAGACACACAACUGCCCUCCGGGAAGCAUUCAUUGAGAAUUGGAAGUCAGAAAACUUUGGCCGGUUCGUGGAUGUUUGCAAGUCAAUCGUUGAUGAGCUUGCCAUAGACCAGACACCCGAUAUGUCGGCGUGUGAGCGUGUCUUUAACCAGGCCGUUUGGUUAUGGGCACAGAUUUUCCCUCAAACUACAGGUAUAGGGGAACAGAGAAAGUCAGGCCAAAAAGAUAGCAUUCAUGGCGGUAGAGAAAAUGAUGCGGUGAAUAGAAAUCGCUUGACGUGUAACCCUGUCGAGAUUGAAGAUGAAGAUAAUGCGCAGACUUCUACUCAAUUGGGAUGA